AUGCAAAACCUCUCUGCAGAUUCCACCUCCAAGGCCUCCUCGCCUAAACCCACUCCCACUGAUCGCAAGUCCGAAACCACCACCACAUCCAGGGGGAGAGGAAGGCCGGCCAGUGAAAACGUCAGAAUUCCCUGGCAAGUAUUGGAACUCGCCGGCGCCGGCGCCGGAGGUGGUGGCAGCGGCAGCGGUGGUUCAAUGGGUGAGGUGAAGAAACCAGAGAAUCCGAAUCGAAGUGAAGAAUCAAAAAGGUUGGUUAGUCAUAAGCGAAAGCUUUCUGAGACCGCAGACCAUUCUCCUUCGCUCCCACCACAACCUGUUUCUGCUGCACAACAAGAAGCUCCAGAUGAGCCGCCUGCUUCUGGUGAUGAUGCUGCUGGGACGAACUCUUCUGAUGUAGCUGCACCAGAAAAUGCUAAAAUGAAGCCUUCUUAUGUUGCUAUUCCUGAGGAGGAGGAGGAAGCUGUGGAGUCUUUUGAAGAAUCUGCUAAAGAAAAAAAUAAAGAGAAGCCUUCUGCUGAUGCUGAUGUUGGUGAGAAUAAGGUUGAAAAUGAUUUGGAGCCUUUUGAAGCUGCUGAAAAAAAGAAUGAAGAUGACCCUUCUGAUGAUGAUAAGGAAAACAAAGAAAUGGAGUCUUUUGAAGCCGCUGAAGAAAAGAAUACUAAUGAAGAGGAGCCUUCUGCUGAUGAUGCUGCUGGUACUAACGAGGACGACAGAAAAGACAAGGCGGCUUUUGAAACUGUUGAAGAAAAGAAUAAUGAAGAAGAGCCUUCUGAUUCUAUUGCUGCUGACAAGGAGUCCUUUGAAACUGCUGAAGAAAAACAUGAAGAGAAGCCUCAUGGUGUUGUUGGAGAUGAGAAACGUGUAAUGGAGUCUUCUAAUGAUGCUGCAGAGAAAAAUGAUAAUAAUGGUGAUGGCCGUAUCAAGUUUCUGUUUGACCUCAACGAGCUUCCUUCUGUUGAAGACGAAGACAUGCCUUAA